CGGCAAGACGACUCGUCAAAAAUAAAUGUUUACAUUGGAAACGUAGUAAAGGGAACGUAGAUUCCUUUAUUAUAUUGUAUAUAAACCCAAGUCAAAUAUGAAUGGUGUGGUGACGAAGAACCUGUUAAAGUCUAAAAGUGGGGAAUUUGACCUGGAGAGCAUUCACACAGUCUGUCUUAUAGAACACGACCUGAGUGACCUGGGAUGUAUCGGAGAGUGUUCAAGUCUGGAGAGACUUGAUCUGUCCUACAACUCCUUCACUAAGCUACUCAGACUGGCUGGGCUCGAAAAGCUACAGUACCUGAACUUGGCUGCCAACAGAAUCACCUCCCUUGAGGGACUCCAAGCAUUGGACAAUUUGGAAACUUUAAACAUAUCGGGAAAUUUAAUUGGAGGAGUGGAGGUCUUGCGGUGUCUAACAGGGCUAAGUAAGCUGAGAAGCUUGAGGUUGCGGGACAAUACUCUGGGUCUGUCUAACCCUGUUUGUAUGAACAACACCUAUGUGGCCGAUGUGUGUGCCAUGUUUCCCGACCUCCUAACCUUGGACGGUGAGAGGGUGUCUGGAAGAGGCAGUGAGGUCUUCAAAAUGUUCAAACACAUUGAGGAUGGUCUGGCAGCUCGGUCAGAUGAUGUUGGAAGCAGGAACUACUCAGUGGAAUCGUGGGUACCAGACAAUUUCUGGGAACCAUCCAGGAAGUUUGAGGAAUCCAUUAUGGGAGACGCACAGCAGCAACUUGAAGAUUUACUAUCCUCAUGUACGAGACUGUCAAAUACAGCGGACGAGAAGCUGAAUCAACUGAAAUCACCUUCCUGACAAAACCAGCUGUCUACACAAGUCUUCAAGAAACAUUCUUCAAUGAGACCAGUAAUGGCAUUAAAGUGAUGGUGCUGAAGGUCUUGGAAUGACAAUGUUAAGCAUCAGGAAAGAAAAUGUACUCAUUCUUCAACAUGAUCUAUUUUUUAUGGAGAAAUCAGUUGGAGGUACUGUCAAAGCCUUGGGUGUUUUGUCAUCAUUACGCAAAGUUUUCUACUACUGCAUGUCAUGACUUGAGCAAUCAAGAAAAAUAUUUUAAAACUAAGGCCGAUUGUUUAGAACCUUUCUUGUUAAUGUCAUGCUCUGGAACUGAAAUGGACAAUUUUUUUAUUGCAGUACGUGUAUUUCUUACAUGAGUUUGGGCACCUGUUUCAACCGUUGUUUUAUCCUAAUAUUUCAGCUGUUACAAAACAGUUCACCUUUUAAAGUAACAACAAUGCUGUUAUCAACAUUGUUAACUUUAAACUUUAACAAAGUUCUAAACAAUUGGCCAUUGAUAAGAAAGAAUUAUCAGCUGUUAGAAUCCCUGUAUCAUAUUGCUAUAGAUACUUUUAGUAACAAUCAUCUUUGGCAGCCGCUGUACUUUCUUUAUUCCAAUUCAUACAAACCAUGGGAAAAUUAACUGACAAUAUCACAUUAAUACGAAUAUGCACAAGAGACAAAUCUUCUUCCAAUGAAAUCGCAUGUUACACUUAAUAUUCCUUAAUAACCCUGUACUGUCAGUCGUCUCUGCAGGCGAGUGGUCAAAGUGGCUGGUUCAAAAUUUGUAGUGAUCAGACCGAAUGAGGUCAAUUCGAGCAUUCGACAGAAAACUUAAUUGAAAAGAGUGUCCGUGCAUAAUGUCAGAUUUCUAGAGAAGUUUCAUUGUGGAACCUAUGAAUAUGCCUCAUUAAUUAAUGAUGAGUUUUUCUUAGCCAAUUCACCAGCAGUACACAGCGAAGCAUAGUGCAUAUAAGUGUAUCAGGAGGUAUCUGAAAAUGAGUUACAAUUGACUAAUAUUUUCCAAUUUUUGUGAUAAUGAACAUUAACACCGAAUAAGCAUAAGACUGACACAUCACUGUAUAUUUUAUAUCAAAUGUGUAUAAACCGUAGUACACAUAUUUGUUGUAUGUACAUGUAUAUAUGCAAAUUAUUUAUAUCUUGUUAUCUUAGAUAACCAAACAAAAUGAUAUCUGUGAUAUGUUCAUGAAUUAUAUUGAUAUGUUCAUGAA